UGUUCAUUAUUCCUCUCCCUUUUUCUUUUGGUCUUUUUCAAAUCUUUCUUUGCAUCUACGCGUUCUCUUGUUUCUCCCUCCCUCUCGCUUUUCCUCUUCCAAAAUAAAACCCUAAUUCACCAUGGGAGAUGACGAUCAACAUCACUCAUCUACACCCAACCCAGAUUCUUCUUCUACUGCAACAUCAACAACAAUAUCGACAUCGAAUCGUAAAUCGGUUCAUCAAUCUCUCGGCGGAGGCGCAGUUGCUGAUGUACUUUUAUGGAAACGAUGGAGAACUGGGGCAUUUGUUCUAGUUACUGCAACUACAAUGUGGAUACUAUUCGAAAUCGCUGGAUACAGUUUGUUAUCCUUUGCUGCUAAUGUUCUAUUGCUUCUAGUUACAAUUCUAUUCUUAUGGGCAAAAUCUGCUUCAGUUCUCAAUAGACCACUUCCUCCCCUUCCAAAUCUCGAACUAUCGGAUGCUAUGAUUGAGAAAUUUACAGCUUCAACUCAAGUAUGGAUUAAUCGCAUAUUGGGUGUUGCUCAUGAUAUCACUCUUAAGGGAGAUUGGAGACUUUUCUUGAAGGUUGUAAGUGGUCUAUUUAUCGUUUCUUACCUGGGAAGUCUGUUCAGUUUCCUUACUCUUGCUUAUUUUGUGGUAUUGAUUUCUCUUGCAGUUCCUCCUAUGUACCACAAGUACCAAGAUCAUAUCGAUGACAAGUUGAAUGUUACUCACAAAGCGCUUUCAAGGCAGUACAGCAAAAUUGAUGAGAAUAUCUUAAGCAAGCUCAGUAAGGCACCGGUCAAGGAUAAGAAGAUUCAAUAGAGUCGUUUGUCAUUAUCAGUUUGGACAGCCUGCAUAUCUUUCAAUUACGGAGAAUCCUCUACAACAACAAUUCCAAGCUCUAUGAUGAUUUCCAAUCAGUAUCAACAGCCGCGUUAAUGAUUUUUUAUUACUUUCUGUGCUAGUUCUCCGUUAGACUAAGAAUUAUUUUUUCCCCUAAUACAUGAUGUAGGUAAUAGACGUAAGGCAUUUGUUUUACCUUGGCAUUCAUCGGGUUUACAACAGUAACAAUCUAUAUUCCUUUUUGGCUGUAAAUGUCCAUAUUUAGAUGGAGAAAAUAUAAAUGUCUUCAUUUGGGGAGGAAACAAGAACUUAUUCUUACGUAUUAUAAGGAAAUUGAGUUUUCAUGUUUACGUGCA